AUGAGCGAGCCCUCGGUCCGCACCCAGACGCUCUGCAAGCGCAAUGAUGACGCUCAGUCGACAACCACAACGCUCGCCAUGUCGUGUGAAGAUGCCACUCCGCCCGCCGCUGCGGCCGCCCCCUUGUCUCCCGGCCUGACGCCGCUGGAAUCGCCCCAUCCGGGCCGGUCGGUCUCCUACUCCAACCGCCCGCUGAGCGGGAGCGGCGCCCGGACGUCCCGCUUCAUCGAAACGCCCAUGUUCGAGUACACGCCGGCCAACUCCAUCUACGAGGAGGACGUCGGCGGCGCCUCCCGGUCCGAGUCGCAGGAGCGGCGGGCCUCGAUCCUCCGGCUGGCCCUUCGCGUCACUAAUUGCGCUUCCCACCUGGCCAUCGUGGUGAUGCUCCUGGCUAUCAUGUCCUCUUUUCUCGCCACGUCGAUGUGGCACCGCACCAUGUCACCAGAAGCAGUCGUGCUCGUGUUCGUGCUCUCCCUGGACGCCCUGUUCGACCUCCGGGCGCUCGCGCUGUGCCGCGCGCCGUGGCCUGGGUGGGCGCUCAUGGCGCGACUGGCCCUCGGGCUGGCCUACCUGGCCACCUUUAUGGUCUACAUCGGCAUCGGCGGCUCCGUCUUCCCCAGCGACUUUGGCUACUGGGGCAUGGCGCCGGGCCACGGCGCGCCCCUCGUCUUCCUGCUCAUGUGGCUGCUCGGCGUCUGGAACCUCGUCCACGCCGCCGUCCACAGGCACUCGUUCGGCUCCGCCUUGGGCGCCUGCCUCGGCCUCGCCAAGCCCAGCAGCGGCGCCUCGGCCCCGCCGCCCGCACCCGCGAUGGCGAUGACGGCGGACACAAGGCGUGACGACGGCGCUGCGGGGACUGGAGGUGGAGGUGUUGGUGGUGGGAUUAUGGCUGCGGUCAGGGGGCUAGGGAUCAGGCGAGGCGCGGAGCCGGGCGACGACGUCGAGGCUGGCCGGCGGCCGGCCAGCAGCCGCGCAGGCACCAUGGCGCCCAUGAUGGCGCAGCAGUCGAGCGACAUGGACCUGUCGACCCUCAACGGCCGGCCAUCGCGGUCACAUGAUGACAAGACCAUGGACAGCACGUCGACCCUCGACCACGUACGCCCGCCGACGGCCAACCGGACCGGGUAG